AUGGGUACAUCAGUCGAAGAAACCGUCAAGCAGGAUCCAGCCUGCCAUUCUAAAGCAUGUGCAAUCCAGGACUGCAUCCAGAAGAAUGGCUAUAAUGAAGCCAAGUGCCAGGACCAGAUCGAUGCCCUCUACGCCUGCUGUGAACUGUUCUACAAACGACAGGGCAGAGAUGCACGUACUGUUUCCUGUCCGAAGCCGAAUCUACUCGACCUCAGGAUCAAGCAGAGGAAGGAGGAAAAGGAAAAGGGAAACAAUGGUCCAUUGUAUCACGAACCAAAGAGACGAUGA